AUGCAUCGCACCGAUACCAGGGACUGGGCGUCAUUCAGCCUCCCCUUCCCGGACGCGGUCGUGUUCACCUUCGCCUCGUCAGAGCCAACGCCUCACAAUGAGACCAUUCGCAUCACCAUACAUCCCUCUGGAAACUGGAAGAUGCCCCUACACUGGCACCCUUCCGAAAGUCCGGAUUCGAGGCCAGACACUCGGGCGGGCCCGGGCUGUGAGCGACUCAGCUGUGUUGACGGUUCCCUCCACGUCUUCGUCGCCGAGGGCAUCUCCAGCAACUACGACAAAUUCGGGUCCAAGGGCAUGAUUGUCAACUUUUCCCCAGGCCAGCGGGUCCAGUGGGACCGGUCCCGACACGCCAAAGAGACGCCGCUCACCGUCGAUCUUGUCGCCAAUCCAGUCCUGUGGCGCAACAUCUGCAGCGCCGUCCUGGAUGCUGAUAAAUUCCCCCGGCUAGAGUCUACACCAUGGUGGUUGAAGGCACUCUUUGCCAUCUUGAGACCGGCGUGGCACGCCUGGCUUUUGCCUCUCACGCUUCGGAUCCAGCUGCUGGCCAUCUUUGCCUCGCACGACCUCUUUGUCUACCACGGCUACAUCCCGAAGGAGAAAGAGGGUGACAAGAACAGGUUCAAUGUUGCUUAG